CAGCAACUCAAUCUAUAUGUCACCGAGUAUGAAAUUCAUACCUCCACGUUAGUUUUGCAUGGCUUCCUAGGCCGAGGUUUGGGCACCUUGACCUGACCAUAAUUGUUACAACCUUUGCGGGUUCGCGCCCAAAUCCGUAGCCGGAAAUGUAUUAAAGUAACAACAGGAACUGGUUAGCCCAGACUCCCGAAAGCCUAGGGGAGAACUGUGGCGGAUGACCAAAAAGCAGCUUGGCCCAGCUGAUGUAAGCGAGGACGCUAUUCAGUUUGGGCCAACGCCUUUAGAAGAAGCUCAGCUUCUGCCGGGAGGCGUUCCUGAGUUAUUGGAGGCGCAUCUGGAAGCCAAGGUCGGAGGGAAUCUAUCUACGCCUACCGCCUCUGAAGCUAUGGUAGCUGGAUCUAAGCCUGGAUCAGCUGUACGUGCGAGCCCUGCAAGAGAAACGGAAGCAGCAACUUCGCCGCGGGCAAAAGACAGCGAAAUGACUUCGGAGAAGAAGAGCAAGACUUCACCCGACGGCUCUUCUCGUCCCUCAUCCGAAACACCUAGACCCGGUGGUUCGCGAUCAAAGUGUCCUGAGUGUCAUCGGGUCAACUCUGGCAAAUGGUAUCGCCAUCGCACAGUCGAUGGCGAAUACACUUGCGACGGCUGCUACCGCUUCUACAAAAGCAACAACCACUAUAGACGGCCGCUUCACGGUCAGAGGGGUGCCGGUAACACCGCUUCGCAAAGCACUGCCAAGAAGGGUGCCAAGCCGGGUUCUGCCGCUGCGGCCGCGUCUCCUCCCUCGCCUGGUGCUCCCUCCCCCAGCGGUCACGGACCCUCUGCAUCAAAGGCGCACUCGACUGCGGGUCGUGGUGGCGCUGACCAGACCCCGGUUGGCGGCAAAGCCACCGCCGGUCGGGGCUUCAAGCGCAAACAACCCGCCGAGCUGCCGCCACCACCGCGCCAGAAGCGGGGAAAGCAUGAGGCGCAGCAAGAGGGCAAGGGGCAGCCUGCCGUGAAGGAGGAACCGGAGGAGCCCAAAGCCCCUCCGCAGCAGCAGCUACGCAGGGGGGGCAGGCGGGCGGCAGCGGCGGCUGAGCCCUCGCCGCAGCAAUCGCCAAAGCGUGAGCGCAGCUGCAGCCCUAAGCCGGCCGCAAACGGCACGACCGGCGGCGAUGGUAAGGGCGGCGGCGCGGGGGAUGCCGCCGCCGAUGCCAAGCCAGACGCCGCCGGUGCGGCUGCGGGAAUGGAGGCGUAUCCCGCGCGGCGGGCAGCGGCAGUGGCAGCGGCCCGGGGCAUCACGGAAUGUGCGGCCCGCAGCGGGGUAAGGAUGAAACCACCAAGCCGCCGCACCUCCAGGGAUGGAAGCGACAACGACGGUGGCGGCAAGUCCGCUCCAUUGGGUGGCGCAGCGGCGGCGGCGGCGGCCAAGCGUGCGGCGUGCCUUCAGGCAGCCGCCACUGGGGAAGGGCACGUCAAACAGUGCGCCCACUGUGGCUCACACGAGUCUCGACGCUGGUGCAAACACCGACAAAAGCAUGACCCAGAUGGCGUCACUUGCGAGCGAUGCGAGGACCAUUACCGCCGCCAUCGUGCAUACCCACCUCCAAACGCCGCUGCCGAGCCUGCACCGGAAGCCGCAGGCUCAAAAGAGGCUUCGCCGCCGGCUUUGGAUGGCGCAGCCGCAGCUUGUGAUGAGGCUGUGGUACCAGCGGAUGGAACGGCAGCGGCAGCAGCACCGGUGGUGGCGGUAGCGGCAGAGCAGGAGGGUCGGCAGGACGCUGUCGAGGCAGCAGCGGGUCUAGCUGUUGGCAGUGCCGGAGCUGGGGCGGCACAGGAGGCUGGCGCCGGUGAGGCUGGCCCUGGCGUGGAAGCGGUUGCCAUGGAUGUAGGCAAGGGUGAGGUCGCCAUUGCCAGCGCUGAGGUCGCAACAGCAGCAGCUCAGCAACCUGCAACAGCAGAGGCCGGCGCCGCCGCCUCAGGCAUGGCAGCUCCGAAGCCUGGCAGCGGCGGCGCCGAGGCUAUGCGUGCGGAGGCCGGUGCGGAGGUGGAGCCGGAAACUGGUCGGCAGGGCACGGAGGAGGCGUCGCAGCAACGGACAGAGACCGAUCAACAGGAAGCGGCGGCUGCGGCUGGCCUGGGGGCUGCUGACGGUAAGGGCGAGGGCGAAGCGAAGAUGGAGGUCGAGCCGCAGGAGGAGGCGGCAGCAGCAUCUCCGCCUCCCCGGUCUCAUGGACGCGGCUCCGGUAGCCCUCGUGCGUUGGAUGCUGAUCCUCCUCCGCCCGGCAAGGCUGCGGUUGGGGGCACGACGCCCGGUAGCGGAGGUGAGGCCGCCGCUGCGGCAGUAGCAACCCUUUCGGAUGCAGCUGCUGCUGAUGUUGCUGAGGCGCCUGGCAAGGGAGCGGAGGGGGCUGCAACGGACGCCGCAGCGCCUGAAGCUGCAACUGCUACUAGGGAGCUCGUCGCAGCAGCCGGAGGUGAGGGGGCGCAGGCUUCUCCUCGUGCUGUCGCCAAGACCCCUAAGGGAGCCACAGCCGAGACCGGAGCCUGCCUUGCCAGUCCCAAAGAAGAGCAGCACGCGGAGGCUGUCGAGGCCCCCGACGCCGCCACAUCAGCAAAGGUGCAGGAGAAGCCCCGACGCGGACCUGGCAGGCCGCCGUCGCAGCGCAAGCAAAAGCCCGCGGCCCCGCCGCAAGAUGAGGAUGAUGAGGAGCAGCCCCAGGAGCAGACUAGGCAGCCCCAGCGGAGAGCUGCGGCUGCAGCAGGCGCGACAGGGCCGCGGAUGCGACAGGGCCCCGGCAGCCCUACCUCCAAGGCAGCUGCAGGCGGUGGUGGGGACAGUGAGGUCCGGAGCUGCUCGGCAUGCGGCUCCACGCAUACUCAGUCCGGCUGGCGGCGGCACCAAGGGGGCCUUGUGGGCAAGGUCGUCUGCAAGCGCUGCUACGAUUGGCACUACCGGCACGGAACGUACGAUAGGGGUUCCGCGGCGCCCCGGGGCGGUGGCGCCAAGGCUGCUGCUGGCGGCGGCGCUGCUGCCGCGUCGCCCUCGGGUGCAGCCGGAACCCCGCAACCCGCCAACGCAGCGAAUUCGAUCGCGGUGCGGCGCCCCAGGAGGGCUGCGGCCAUUGCGGCAGCGGCGGCCGUUGCUGCUGCCGCGGCGGCGCCGGACCCGGACGCGAUGGCGGAUGCCCCGGCAACGCUGGUGGUUGCGUCCCCAGUGGCUUUGGCAGAGCCGCCACCGAGUAAACGCCAGCGCGUGUCGUUUUCGCCGAUGUCUGAGGCGACGGCGAGCACGCCUAGUGAGGGGCGCGGGAUUAAGUCACCGUACCAAAUGGGUACUGCAGCUCCGUCUAGCUGCGGCGCGGCGCCAGCGGAAGGCACCGCUGCUACUGCUACCGCGACGGUGGAUGAGGUGGCCGGCGAGCAGAGUGAUGAGCCCGACCCACGGGUCUUUGCGGCGCAUGUCAGGGCCUUUGGCGACACCAUUGCUCGUACAUGCAGGGCUCUCGUGGAACUCGAGGACAAGUACGGCGUGCGGUUGUUGGAUAUCCCCGCUCCUCUUGCAGUGGCGCCGUCGCCACCCCCGGCUGCCGCUGUGUCGGACCCCGCUGCCGCUGCUACUUCUGUUGCGGCGGCCGAGGACGAGAAGUCCGAUGGGCUGCCUGCGCGGCCGGCGGUCCGCUCGGCCCUGCGGAUCUUCUAUGAACGCAUUUGCGGCUCUGACCCUGUGCUACGGUCUCGGCACCUAGCGGACGUCCUCAUGCGAUGGCUGGAGGCUAACGCAUGGCGCUCGCCGCUGGCGCUGCUGAUCGGGCCUGCUGCUGCGGAGAUGGGGUUGGACAAUAUGGGGCAUCCCAACGGACUGUACGGGCCGGAACAGGCUGCAUGGGACAACUCCAGACGCAGUGCUCACAGCAGCCUAGCAGCCGUAGCCUGUUCCGCGUCACCGUCUGCGGGUGCCACCGGUGUCAACGGUUCGAUCGCAGCCAUGGAGCCAUUCCCGGGCGCAGCUGAGGCCGACCAGGUCACGCCUGCCGAAAUCGAGCGUUUCCGUCUAGUGGUCGACAACCUGGCUGCGAGCAUGGCACAAAACCUGCUUGGGCUCGCGCCUUUGCAGCCACAGCUGUUGCUGCAGUCGGCCGAUCCCGCCGAGUCUGCUGCUGACGAGGCGGCGACGCAGGCGGGGGCGGCGGUCGAGGCCUUUGCUGCCGCCAUGCCUCAUCUGCAGGAGGCGACAGCUGCGUCCCUGCGUCUGGCUCUGCGUGUGGGUGCCGCCCCGGGCCGCCUAGCACUGCGGCUGGCGGUGCCCGGGGACCCCAUUGACGGCCGCUCCCUGGCAGCGUCUGAACCGGGGUCGUCGUUCACGCAUGAUGUGGCGUUCGAUGGCUCUGGAGCCAGCGGAACCUGCUCAUUAACGGUACCGGUGGGGUGGGCUUGGGCCGGCGAGAACGCUUCCGGUACCUCCGCCAGCAACGCGUCAGGCGUUACGGGGGAUGCCGUACACGUCGGCGUCACGGUACGACAACUUCACUUGGCGCAGGUACUGCGUAGCGUGUACGACGGAAGUACGGCGCAUUGGCAAGAGAACGACGCCUUCUUGGGCCUCUCGGGCCUCAGGACCUCCGGGACCGCAGCCCAAGCUGCUGCUCCUUCGCCUCCCGCCAAGCCAGCCUACAGUAACGUCGGCGUCGAGGCUGCCGCACCAGCGGUGGUUAUGGCUACUGCCGCUGCAGCAGAGGAGGGUUCGAAUAUUCCGCCGCCGCCACCGUCCAUGCCGCCUGCUGCCGACGCCCCUGGUGCGCAGGAAUGCAACGGCAUCAACGGCACCUGUGCUGGUGGUCCCUCGGAGGCAGCUAGCGGUGGAAUGGUGAUGUGGGUCGCGGCUCCCGGGAUCGUGCGUUGUGAGCUCCGUACGACAGCAGCACAGCCAGUAGCGGCGACGAUGUCGCCCAUGGCGCCUGCUACUGCACCCCUAGCGCUAGCCAACGCUCCGCCAGCUGUUGCCACGACAACGGCGGCGGAUUGCGGCGAGCUCACGACCAGUCAUGCGGCGGCUCCAGGAUUCUGCUUCGAGACCAGUACGGCACUUGCACUGCCUUGCAUGGCAAGCCAGGAUGCGACUCAGGGCGCGCUCCUGCCGCCGACCAUGGGUUCCGGCUCGGCGGUAGUUCCCCUGGCGGCGGCAGCGGCUGCUGCCGGCGACCCUGUCGCCGCCGCUGAAGCAGCGGACGCGGUAUGCGCCGCAGUCGCAGCGGCGCUGGCGCGCGGUGACCAAGAGGAGCUCCUUGGUGCGGCAGAAACCGCCGCAGCUGUUGUUCUGCAGCUCGUACAAGCGGUGUCGUGCAAGGAUGCGUCGGGAAUGGGCGCAGCCGCUUCGCCAGAGGCGACGGAAUCGGCGGCAGUGCUUCAGACGGCUCCGUUGGCGUUCCUGGUAGAGGUGCCGUUCGUUCCAUCGCUAGCCAUUGGGUGCGGAGCUCAGGCAUUCCCGGCAAUGGGCUAAUGCACGGCAAGCAUGUAUAGGUAGAAACGAUAGGCUGGAGGGCGGGUGGUUCUGGUUGUGUUAGUUAUGGGAGGGCUUCUUCCUGAAGCUAGUGAGGUUGGAUUGGGCAUUCUGGCUUUGAGCAGCGGAGCAGUCCAUCUCGCGGUGGGGCCAUGAUUUGGGAGUUGGAAGGAUCCGGCGUGUUGGAUGCUGGCAGUUGACAGCUGCACAAGUUAUCAGCUUUGUGCCAAGGACUGUAAUUUUGAGGUUUGCAGGUCUUGAUGGAAAGGCCUGACGACGGGUUGCGAGGACGAAGGCAUGAGUCGGCAUCUUAAGGGUCAUGUCACCAGUGCCGGCGACUCCUGCUGGAAUGCUGCUGGGAUGCGGCUUGGACUGCCGAAUGAGUGUGUUUGACGCGCGAAUGCUUGUACGAAUACUCGCUCAUGAUGCAAGUGCGGGUGGCAUGGCUUGCGUGACGCGGUUGCAGAGCACGCUACGUGGAUUACGGGACAUAAGAUGAGGCCUGGUUUUGAGAAUCGCAUUGCCAUGUGCUCCAUUCUAGGUAGGCAGUAAGUAGGUGGACAAACGAAUACUCCCUGUAUGUAAGUUUGUUUCAUGACGAAGUACGGGUCCUGUAGCUUUGCUAAUGAAAAGAGUGUUGAGGCUACAUGUCUACCGGAGUACCGGUGCUAGGUUACCGGCGAGGCUCCGUUCUGUUUGCCACUACCGUCAUCACGGACGAAGCGAUGGGUUUUGUUGUUGUUGUACUAUUUGUACAUGAGUGUUGAGGGCCUUUAGGCCAUUGGCCCAUUGGUAGUUUGAGCAUUAGGCUAAUGCUGGUGGCGUCGCGUCUUUAGGAGUUGCUUGCCAGUUAGAAUGCGAAAGUUACAAGGGGGACCGGAGCUCCUGAAAGCCUGAAAGCCGUACAAGAGUAGGAGCGCCAGCUAGUACGGACUACUGUGCUGCUGACAAUCGGUAUGUUGGAGAUUGCCUUGAUUGAAUGUCUGCAUGUAAUUGGUCGCAAGCG